UCUCUCUCUCUCUCUCCUGUUUCUGUCAUCUCUCUGUCUCUCCUCUGUUCUUCGGGUCUCUUUCCGAAACUGAAUUUAAUGCAGAAGAAGCGCCAAUCUCUCCGCAAAUCCAUCUCCUUUCUUCUUCUUCUUCUUUUUCCUCUACUCUCAUAGCUCCGUCAUCUCUCUCUCUCUCCCCUCCCCCUUCCUUGAGCUGGUAAGUUCCGACGCUCAAACACGAAACGCCGAUUGGAUCUCCGGCGCCGUCGAUCCUUCUUUUCUCCGGAAUUCAUAGCUUCACCCGGUUUUAUCAUUUUGCUCCAGAUUCUCCGAGAAACGUGGUAACGGAUCUGAUUCAUUGUGAGAAAUCGGAUUCAUGCUAUUUUUGGUAAUUUCUCCGAAAUUGGGCAAAGUGAUACACUGCUCCGAAGGCCUGGAGUAACUAGGGUUUUUGGAUGCGGGGAUGGAGGGGAGGAUGAAGAAAUGCAAGCUGCAAGUGAGCCCCGAGAGGGCUAAGGUUUGGACGGAGAAAUCGCCAAAGUACCAGCAGAAGGUUAAGAAGGUUCCCGUUGUUUAUUACCUCUGCAGGAAUCGUCAGCUUGAGCAUCCCCAUUUCAUGGAGGUCCCGCUCUCUUCCCCGGAUGGUUUGUAUCUCAGAGAUGUUAUUGAGAGGCUUAAUGUUCUUAGAGGCAGAGGCAUGGCUCCCAUGUAUUCCUGGUCCUGCAAAAGAAGCUACAGGAAUGGUUUUGUGUGGCAUGACUUAUCAGAAGAUGACUUAAUUUUACCUGCCCAGGGGAGUGAAUAUGUUCUCAAAGGCUCUGAACUUUUUGAUGAAUCUAAUUCAGGUCAAUUUAGUCCUGUUGUGAGUAUGAGGGCGCAGAAUCUGAAGCAGUUGCCAGAGCCUCCAUCUUCCAGAAGCCUGGACGAUUCCUCGUCGUCUUCAAGUUUUAACGAGAAGGGGACUAAGCAUCCUCAAGAAGACGAGCUUUCGCCUCCUGCUCUUCGUUCUGGUUCCUCGGGUGUAUCGCCUGACUCGGGGAAUGAGAAGAAUUCUUCUUCGGAUGGUUCGUUGUGUUUGACGGAAUACAAAGUGUAUAAGAGCGAAAGUAUUGCAGAUGCUUCUACACAAACUAAUGAAAAUGUGAGCAGGUCUAAAGCUACGGAGACCUGCAGUAGAGGUGUUUCCACUGAUGAUGGGUCAUUAGAACCUAAAUCCAGUGACAAUGAUCUUUGUAAUGAAGCUCCAUGUCCCAAUGAGAGUGCCAGUAUAAGCCGAAAUGCUGUCACUCCGCCCACUUCCAGCAGUGCCUCCUCUCUGGGUGGAAAGACAGAAACUUUAGAGUCCCUGAUAAGAGCUGAUGUGAGCAAGAUGAACAGUUUUAGGAUCCUUGAACAAGAAAGCACCCGAAUGCCUGCCAAUGCAAGGCUUAAGGCCACAAAUGUGCUGAUGCAAUUGAUAUCAUGUGGAUCGAUAGCAGUCAAGGAUAACAGUUACGGCAUAGUCCCGACUUGCAAGCCGAAAUUUGGUCAAUCUAAGUUCACAUCCCCAUUUUUCUCCAGAUCGUUCAUGCUGGGAGAGCUUGACUGCUUGUCAGAAAAUCCGAGACUAAUGGGUCUGAGAUUGGAAAGCAAAGAAUAUUUCAGCGGGAGCUUGGUCGAGACCAAGUUGCUUAAAGAUGCAGCGGAAGGGAAUACUUCACUUAAGCGUUCUUCAUCCUGCAAUGCCGACAGGACUUCUGGCCAACCGAAUUCAACAGAGAACAAUGACAGCUCAAACCCGGGAGGAGCAAAGUGUAUUCCACGCUCAAUAAAAGCUUCUAUAAACAAGCAAUCACGAAGCGAGUCCAUGAGAUCUCCAGACUCUGACAAGCCGAGAGAAUCCUCCGAAGGGUGCAGCAAAAGAAUAACCGAGCCAUCAAGAAAACCGGAUUCCUUCAGAGAAGACGAAGAGAAAGUGAUCAAGAUCGAAGAAAGCUUUCUUCGGGAGCUCGGGUUGUAAUCCAAUCAAAACGCCUUCAGACCCCGCCAUUCUAAGUUGUUCUUGAGAGGAGCUUCAGCGCAUUUCCGAGGCGGGUUUUGGGUUUUCAAAUUAACGGGUAAGUUAAAAAAGAUACCGCCUUUUCUUCGGUGGUCCCUUCCCCCCUUCGAUUUGAUGGCCCUUUCCUUUUUGUCUGUCUGGAAAGGGCUCAUGAAGAGCCUAAAAGAAAUCAUAUACUCACAUUUUAUUGGGCAAUGUAAUGUAAAUUGGAAAAGGGUUUAUUUGACCGACUGUCUGAUUUGAUGGAAUUAGAAUCUUAAGCUUACAA